GAAUAAAUGUAAACUCUGUGACGCUCUGUGAGGCCAUGGUUGCUAGACUUGUGGAACGAACAAAAGUUGCACAUCUCUAAGUUUAAUUGCAACGACAUGUUUGGUGGCUGUGUUCUCCCGAGGAAUUAGUUGCUGAUGAAUUCAGUAAAAGUUUCCUGGUAGUUACAUUAUUAUUACUCAAGAAAAGCGAGCUGAACUUCUCAAGUUUGAAAUUUUCAAGAAACCAACGGCAAAGGAACCAUCUACGGAUUUGCACAAGUUUGUCUAUUGAUUGGAUGCUGCUUGUAAAAGUUAUAAAUGUGUUUGCUUGUGAGGAGUGCUCUCACGUUAUAGAAAUGGCCAUGUAACUGCAGACUGUGCCAUGACGAGGGCUGCGAAGCCACAAAGUUGAUAUCCACAUACCGAAACUUGACGCUGCACGAAAUGUCACUUACAACAGAAGUGAGAUGGAACAAAUUCAGAAGUGUAAGAUCUUUUAUAAUAUGAGAAUAAGCACAGUAAGUAAGUGAAAGUGAAAGUGUUUAUAUCUGAAGUGUGGCCGGAUUAAGAUAUGCGUAACUUAAAAUAUGUGAAAGUUAAAUAUACAGAGUUCGCUGCACAGAAAUUAACAUUAAAUAAAUUUGUUUUAUACUAAAAAGUUGAUAAGCUUUAGUAAGAUUUGUGAACGUCAACUAUAAUAUCAACAGUUGAAGUAAAGUUGUAUAAAAAUUAGUGAAGAAACUUUCAAAUGAUGGAACUGAGCUGAACCGACAGCGCUUAAUACUGUAAAAUAUUUAGCUGUGAUUCUGGCCUAGGGUGACCAAACUCCUCACUGUUAAUUCAGGUACAUUUUCUUGUCUAAUUUUACUCUUCAGGAUAUAUUUUUUGUGAAAGUUCACCACAAACGUGACACAUCACGCCAUCUGGCAGAGACGUUAACACUGGACUCUCUCAAACCCAUACUCAAUUUUUAGUCAAAAAUAAGUAACUUGUAGACGAAUUUUUGGAAUUGGUGAGAAAUAUAUCCAUAACAGUAAAAAUGCCACGUAAGAAACCACCACCUUCGUUAUUCAAAAUAUGUCUACGAGCGUUUGCAGACUGGUUCUUAAAAGCAUGGCUGACUGGUAGUCGGCGAGUAAAAGAAAAUUUUGGACUGGAAGUGCACAGAUUCCUGUCAUCGCGUGUUCCUUCUGUGGUUGCCGACAGCUUAAUUUCACAACUGGUCGAGACGUACGUUCAGAGAAAUGAAUGUAAUCCCGAUAUGCAUAUGAGCGUCUUCCUUCACUAUAUAAUGCUGCCACAGUUAAAUGUUAUAGAUCUCUCAGAAUUCAGAAACCUUGACGUUAAUACCGAAGGAUUCUUUGAGUAUGUUAUUGCUUCAGCAUUCCACUCAGUUGGAAGGUUGGUGAAGAUAUCUUUGCAAACUGAUGGAAAAGACAAUCACAUACCAUUAUGUACUGAUCGGAUUUUGAAGCUAAUUGGAAAGAACUGCCCACAACUAAAGUCAUUAAAUGUUUCUUAUAAUAGACUUGUUCGUAAUGAUGGCCUGCAGUAUCUUGUUCCAUGUUCAGAAAGUCCAGGGUGCCCUCUCUUAGAAGAAAUAUUUGUUUAUAAAUGUACUGUUUCUGAGAUAGGGGUGACUAAUAUUCUGAGGUCAUUGCCCAACAUUCGUUUAAUUGGAUACGAGAAAAUGGUUUUAUGUCUUCUGGAGUUGUAUGAGCAGAUGACCAGAGACGGCAGUCCUUUGAAAGAGCGCCUUAAACUUACACAUGUUGAAAAUAGGAGUAGAAACUUUAAACGAAGUCGCAUGCGUUUUAACAAAAGAGUGGUCGGUGUCGUAUGUACACUUUGUCCACACUUGUAUCAUCUUAAAGUCCAUGUAGCAGAUUCGGAUGUUCCGACACUUGAACAGUUCAAGUCUCUCACUUCACUGGAACUGACCUAUAAAAUUCAGAGACCGGCGUCUCCAGGGGAAGGUACAGAAUACUUCCUCCGUGUUCGAGGCGCACAGCUCCGCAGCCUAGCAAUAACUUGUGACGUCCUACACGAGAUGCAUAUUAUAAUGCUUCGGGAAAAUUGCUCUAACUUAAAACAUCUGUAUCUGAAAUGCAAGAGGCUAGAACUGUGUGAUUUGGAACUGGAACAUGACGACACGCUCAGCAAAAGCAAAUUCUUUAAACUUGAAUCACUGUGUUUUUUUACUGGGAAAGAACCGCUAAACCCAUACUCAAUUUUUUGUCAAAAGUUGCUAACUAUCCAUGUAGCAGAUGAGGAUGUUCCUAAACUUGAACAGUUCAAGUCUCUCACUUCACUGGAACUGACCUAUAAAAUUAAGAGACCGGCGUCUCCAGGGGAAGCAGUGCUAAAAGAAUUGAUGAUUGCUUUGCCUGGCGCAAAGAGUAAUUCGGCAGUCAUUGAUCUGUCGAUGUCAUCUGUUAACAAGAUAAUCAGCCGUGCUCCUCAUUUGCAGAAGUUAGGGGAUCUUUUCUGUUGGAAUGUGGAGAAGGAAGAAGUGUUGAUGUUGAGGGAUCAAAUGAAGAUAUUGAAUUUUGAUUUAAAUAUAAUGUACCAUACCAUGCCAGUGAAUUGGUGUUUUAAACUUAGGAAAUGGGAAAAGUCACAGAUAGCUGUAACUGGCGAGUAG